CCGUCCAAGUCGCUUACCCAAAUUGAAAACCCUAAAACUAACCGACCCCCCUCCCCGCACCACUGCAAACCCAAAUCAAGUCAAUCUCCCGAAGCCGCCUUUCUUUCCCUUCCUCUCCAAUCUCUGCCCCUCUCUCCCUACCUAAUCCAAAGCCGCUGCCCAUAUCAAACACAGAGCAUCGCGGUCCUGUAUAUUUGAUGAUUAUUUAUUCUUGAAAUGUAUUAUGCAUAUGUAGGAAAAAUCACAAGAAGGAUUUGAUGAGUGGUGCUUCAAGUAAUUUACGUGCAGCUUUCUCCCACUGUGUGCAGCAAGUGCGAAAUUAUGAUUACCAUCACUACCUCUGCCUCCUUGAACUCCCCACUAGUAUGCGGAAAGCUGCAUUCGCACUCCGGGCCUUCAAUGUUGAAACUUCCAAAGCUAUGGAUGUCGCUUCUGAUCCAAGAAUUGGUCUCAUGCGCCUUGUUUGGUGGCAAGAAGCCAUAGACAAAAUCUAUACUAAUAAGCGAAUUGAACACCCAACUGCUCAGGCUCUUGCAUCGGUUGUAUCGGAGUAUAAAAUUAGUAAAGGAUGGCUUAAAAGGUCCGUUCAAGCUCGGAUUAAUGAUGCAAAUAGAGAGGCUACGGACAUCCCAGACGACAUUGAAGAGCUGGAGAAAUAUGCGGAAGACACUGUAUCAACGCUUCUUUAUAUGACACUGCAAGCGGGUGGUGUAAUGUCCACCGCUGCUGAUCAUGUAGCAUCUCAUGUUGGUAAGGCUAGUGGCCUUCUUUUACUUCUUAAGUCCUUACCUUAUCAUGCUAGCCGCAAUCGUCACUUUCCUUAUAUACCAGCAAAAGUGGCGGCAAAACAUGGUUUGCUGGUUAAAGAAGGGGAUCGGUCAGAAAUCCGGUUGGAUUCUCGUGAGGGGUUAUGUGAUGCUGUUUUUGAGAUGGCAUCAGUAGCAAAUGUUCAUUUACUUAAGGCUCGUGAAUUAGCUGGAAAGGUGCCUGAUGAAGCUCGCAAAGUUCUUUUGGAGGCUGUGCCUGCACAAGUUCUUUUGGAUUCCUUGCGUCGGGUACAUUUUGAUGUGUUUGAUCCAAGGUUAUCACAAGGAAUUCUGGGUGUUCCUCCACUAUGGUACCAAUUGAAACUGAAGUGGUAUUCAUUGAGGGGGAAAUACUGAAAAUUUUCAUUACUGGGUGAUUUUCCUCGGUUAUGAAGUGGAGGUUAAGAGGGUUUGUUUUUUUAAUUACAAUUUUUUUAAUAAGAGAGUGAAAUAUUAGUGAUGCACCGGAACUGUUAGGCUGAGUAGACUUAGACACGUAGUUCAUGUAAUUCACUGGUUGGGAUGGGAGGACUAAUAAGCUUUGUUUUGUAGCUGGACAAAACAACUUGCGGCUUGAUAUACAGUGAAAAGUAUCUUUGUGAAGGCAUUGUAUUCCAGUCUUUUUUUUUUUUUUUUUUGGUUGUUUUGCUCUUCUCAACUUUUGGUUGGAAUGUAGUGCUUCCAGUUUUGAAGACUUAGUUUUUGAUACU